UUAUACAGUACGUUAUUACCAAGCUAAGAUAUUAUAUCUACGUAUUUACGUAAGAUGUGAAAUAAUUUCUUUGUUUGAAGUUACUAAAUUAAAGCUUAAUUGCUUAAAUUGUUUAAGGUGGUUGAAACUAAUAGUUUACGGAUAAAAAAUGCCCAAACAACUAAGCUUAAAAAAGUCACAAACCAGUUCUUCAAAAAAUCAAAUAGCAAUAACAAACUUUUUUAAAAGUGCUCCGAAUAACCAAUGUAAGUCUCCAGAGAAGCCACUUUUGGUCAAAGCUACAUCUAAUUCAAAGUCAAUAAAGAGAAAAGUUACUUCAUCCAUAGACGAACAAUCAAACUUUUUGUGUAAACAAAACCAAAAUGAUUAUGAAGAAAGGGCUUCUAAAAAAUUUAAAACAGACAACAGUAAUUCAUCAUUGGAGAAAAAAACAUUAUAUCUAGGCAACAAUGAUAAUCUUAGUACAAAUCCAAGGCUUUCUCCAAAAGAAAUUGUAAAUCAUGAUUUUGAAAAUAAUAGUAAUGAUGAUAAAUCUCCUUUGUCAUCAUUAUCUCCCAAUAGAAUAUCAGAUCAUGCUAAGGAAAAAUUUAGUGGUACCAGUAAAAAUGCUAAGGAACUAAUUAAUAUUGAAAAGGAAAAUCAAGAAUAUGACAUAAAUGAUAUUUUAAUAAAUAAUCAUGUCGAAAAUAUACAAGCAAAUAAUGAAUCACCAAAGAAAAGUCCUAAGGGAAAAGUAAAUACUGUGAGAUCACCAUUAAAAUUAGAAAAAUCAUUGCCAAAAUUUGGGUCAAAUGUUAAUGAAGUCUUAGAACUAAGUCCAAAUCAUGUUGAUGAUAUCUUCGAUGAUGAGUGGAAUUUUGAAGGCUUUGAGGAAAGUAAAGAGGACCUAGAUUUAAGUGUAAUGCAGAGAUGUGAAAUUCUAUCUGUUCAUCAUCAUCCUAGUAAAUUAGAACUAAAGCUUAAAAAUGAGAACGAAAAUAAAGGCACCUGUUUUGUUGAGGGGAUUUGGUUAAAUACACCUUUACAACCAGGAGAGAUUAUAAGCGUGCUUGCGUGUCGCAACUCAACGAGCCAAUACAGUGUUAAUAACGCAUCAGGUUUAUUGGUGUUACGACCUGAUCACCUUGUAUCCAGUACAAGUGUCGUGGCCGGUGUAUUCUGUAAGAGGAAAGCAAUAUUACAGGAACGGUGGCGAGGAAUAGAUUCAGCGAAUACCGCGAUGACUAUUGGUAUUCUUAUUCACGAACUGGUACAAAAAGCUCUUACACAAAACAUAAAAACUACAGCGGUUUUGGGUAUUGAAACUGAUAAUAUAAUCAAACAAUCAACUCAGUUAUUAUAUGAAGCAGGAAUAACGGAGACUGAGGCUCGGACAAACAUGCAAGUGUAUAUCGGACCUCUGGCUGACUUCAUGACAACGUACAUGCCUGGGAAGAGUUCUAAUAAGAGUAACGAAAAAGGUAAAUGGAAUGGUAAAAUAGAUAAAGUUCUGGACAUAGAGGAAAACCUCUGUUGUCCUAAAUUAGGUUUGAAAGGAAAGAUUGAUGCAACGCUACAAGUGACCAUACACGAGCGUGGAAAUAUUUCCGCGAUCGUACCCCUCGAGUUAAAAAGUGGUCGCGCCUCGAUGUCUGCAGAACACCGCGGACAACUCUUUUUGUACGGAAUGAUGCUAAGCCUGCAAAGACAAGAGGAUCCCACAACCGCUAUACAGAAAGGAUUGCUGCUUUAUUUGAAAGAGCGCACAGAUUUAAAGGAGGUCAGUUGUGGAUAUCCAGAGAGACGCGACCUUAUAAUGCUACGCAACGAACUCGUGCAGCAUCUCGCGGUCGGACCGCGUGACGUUGACACAGAAAACUUAGUGGACAUAGAAGAUGCUUCUCGGCUCUUACAGCAGAGCUUACCCGAGCCAGUACAUCAUCAAGCCGCGUGUGCCAAGUGUCCCUAUCUAACGCUAUGCUCUUUACACUUGUGGCACACAGACAACGGUCCACAAGUAUCGGAAUCCCAUCCAUUGACUAAGCUAAAAGAAGACGCACUCGGUCACCUCUCUCCAGCGCACAUAAAGUACUUCCUACACUGGACUAGCUUAUUACGGCUGGAGGAGAGAGGCCAGAUGUCAGCCUCGCCUUUGCACGCGCUAUGGACGGACAGUGUGGACAAACGAACAAAACGCGGAGUUUGCGCAGCGAAUUUAAAGCUAAAAGACGUAUCCGAUUCCAGUGAUAAAUUCUUGCAUGUUUUUACUAGAGAAUCUGCUAACAAGGUAAAUAAUGAUAAAACUGCAAAGGGACCUCAAGAAGGCGAAUUUUCAAUAGUAAGCAUAGAGAAUAGACCCUGGAUUGCUGCGGGAGUUGUUACUGUAUCAAAUAAUACUGAAUUACAUGUACUUUUGGAACGAGAUCUUAGCCAGCGCUUAAAUAAACAUACUCUAUUCCAUGUUGACACAUACGAGUCAUACGCGACAACCGUUCAGAAUCUCACAAACUUAGGCGUACUAAUGGAGGAUAGCGAGCGGGCUUUGCGGCUCAGAAGAUUAAUAAUCGAUAAAGAAAUACCAGAGUUCGCACCGAAGCUACCUCGGGAGGUGGGAAGACUCGGUUCCAAGUUGAUGCGCUCGCUGAACAUCGAGCAGCAACGCGCGGUACUGCGAGCGCUCGCCGCCGACCGCUACGCGCUGCUGCGGGGCUUACCCGGCACCGGUAAAACACAAACAAUAAGCGUGCUGAUUCAAAUGUUAGUAGCGCUAAAGCAACGUGUACUUGUUACCGCUCAUACACACUCCGCCGUUGACACCGUAUUAAAUAGACUGCCCGAGUCGCUGCGGGUGAUGCGCCUGGGCGCGGCGCGGCGCGUGUCGGGCGGCGUGCGCGCGCGCUGCGAGCACGCGCUGCUGCGGGCGGCCGGCAGCACGCAGCUGCGCGCGCAGCUCUACGACUCCAUGGACGUGGUAGGCGUGACAUGCCUGGGGGCCGCGCAUCCGAUGCUCGCAAAAACUACUUUUGACGUUUGCAUUGUUGAUGAGGCAACACAGGUUUUACAAUGUACCGUUUUACGACCUCUAUUCGCCGCCAAACGCUUCGUGCUCGUCGGCGACCCUGAACAAUUACCUCCCGUUGUUAAAAGCAGAACUGCUAGGCGUUUGGGUAUGGAGGAAAGCUUAUUCCACAGACUAAUGCAAGAAAAAGCAACUAGCACACUUCGGCUUCAAUACCGCAUGAACCAGCCGCUAGUCGAUGUGGCUAACAAAGUGGCUUAUAAUGACAGUUUAAAGUGUGCGAACCAAAAUGUGGCACAGGCGAAAUUGAAGAUAGACUUGCAGAAAAUAAUGUCUCGGUGCUCAAAAGAAUCUCCUUGGAUGGUUAAAACUUGCAGUGCAGAGUUUGAGGAUGUUGCUAUAUUUCUAAACUUAGAGCUGGGAGCCGCUGACAAGUCAAACAAUGACAAAACUUUAACCAAUGUUGAGGAAGCAUGUGUCGUUAUGACUUUAAUAGAAACUUUUAAAGAGGGCAAUGUCUCCACAGCAGAUAUUGGUAUCAUAGCUCCAUUUAGAGAUCAAGUGGCACUCUUACGAAGAUGCCUUAAAAGUCAGGAUGUCGAAGUUAGCACCGUUGACCAGUUCCAGGGGAAAGACAAAGACGUCAUUAUAUACUCUUGCACAAAACGUAACAUACAGGAUGGCAAAACAGUCAAAGAAGGCGAGGUUCUAAAUGACCAAAGACGUUUAGCAGUAAGUGUGACACGCGCCAAGCACAAACUCAUUGUUAUAGGAGAUUUGCGCGCCUUGCGACGGUAUCCAACAGUCCUACGAUUAAUUGAAGCAUGCACAACAAUCUCUAUAGAUCAAGAAACAUUAUCGACGUUAAUGAAGAAAUAUAAGAACGUUAUUGUAUAACGUAGUAAUCUUUAUAAAUAUAAUACUAUUCAUUCUAAUUUUAAUUAUGUU